GUGCUCGUCGUUCUCGACGACGACGACCCAACGGGCACCCAAACCUGCCACGACAUCAGCGUUUUGACCGUCUGGGACGAAGAGACGUUGCGUGACGAAUUCGAGUCCGAGUGCGCCGGCUUCUUCAUCUUGACAAACUCCAGAGCGCUACCACCCACGGAAGCGCGUCUACUGGUCAAAGAGAUAUGUCGGGCCGUGAAGCAUGCAGCUGCGGAGGCUGGCAAGACGUUCGAGAUAGUGCUGCGAGGGGAUUCAACUUUGAGAGGCCACUUCCCUGACGAGCCAGAGGCUGCCGAGGAGAUUCUAGGAGAGGCGGACAUGUGGAUACUGGCCCCUUUCUUCGAACAGGGAGCACGGCUGACGAUUGAGGAUACGCAUGAUGUUGCGAGUCCUGAUGGGCAACUCAUACCUGCCGCCCAGACUCCAUUUGCGAAAGAUGCUCCUUUCGCUUAUACCCAGUCGAAUCUGCGUCAACACAUUCGUAGUCCGCUUUGGCAGUACCGUGAAGCCACUGCAAAAUUCCCGGGAUUGCCUUACGUCGUAUUUCCAGGCAACGUUGGUGAAAGAGAUACGCUCAGAGACCUGGUGGCGCGCUGGGCCAAGUCGAAAAACCGCGACUCCUUCCAGCCUAUGCAAUACCAGAGGCUGGGAAGCAGUGGCUUGAAGGUCUCGCGUUUGAUUCUUGGAUGCAUGACUUUUGGCAAUCCAAACUGGGAAGGAAGUCCAUGGAUCUUACCUGAAGAGCAAGCACUGCCGCUGCUGAAGAAAGCUUACGAUCAAGGCAUUUCCACUUGGGAGACAGCAAACAGCUACUCGAACGGAGAGUCGGAAAGGAUCAUCGGCAAGGCGCUGAGAACCUACGAUAUCCCCCGAAGCAAGGUCGUGCUGAUGACCAAGCUUUACUAUCCCGUGCUCGAAGGUUCACAUCGCAGACCUCAGCCGGCAUCAAACGAUGGCGAGCUGGUCAACCAGAUGGGAUUGAGCAGAAAGCACAUUUUCGACGCGGUAGAAGGCUCUUUGCGCCGGCUCGGCACUUCGUACAUCGAUGUGCUGCAGCUCCAUCGUCUCGACAACGACACGCGUCCCGAGGAGGUGAUGGAAGCUCUGCAUGACCUCGUGAAAAUGGGGAAAGUCCAUUACAUUGGUGCUUCGAGCAUGUCUUGCUGGCAGUUUGCCCGCCUGCAAUACACAGCAAAGAUGCACCACUGGACCACAUUCACGAGUAUGUCUGGGUUGUACAAUCUUUUGUAUCGCGAAGAAGAGCGAGAAAUGAUUCCGUUUUGCGAGGCCGAGGGCGUGGGACUCAUCCCGUGGUCACCCGUUGCCAGAGGACUUCUCACUCGACCGUGGUCGGAGCAGACAGAUCGAAGCAAGAAGGAUGUGAAGACAGCCAGAUGGUUCCAGGGCGAUCAGAAUGAGAUAAUCGUGAGCAGAGUGGAGAAGCUGGCGAAAAGCAAGCAUUGCUCAAUGUCAAGCCUUGCGCUCGCAUGGCUUAUGCACAAGAAUGCCUGUCCCAUUGUCGGAUUGAACAGCAUAUCAAGGAUUGAAGCUGUUUCUGAGGCUCUGGGCAUCAAUUUGACUGCAGCUGAUAUGCGGUUUCUAGAGGAGAAGUAUCAGCCACUAGCUCCACAGGCCAUGUAA